CCGGAGGCCACAAAGCCUGCAUACCAGCCACAUUGUCAUGUGUUGCUUUGAUAUAUUAUUUCACCGUAAGAGUCAAUGUGGACAUCAGGAUGACAUUAAGACACCAUCAAUGUCUCUUUGUUAAGCUCCUUGAACAGCAGAUACUUGUCCUACUUUUUGUGUUACUGCAGUUUCCAGUUAUAACAGAUAACAGUUCAGACAUCAGUUUUUAUGACAGCAACUCCAAAAGAAUACUGAUACCUCAGAGGCAAUACAUAUAUGAACCUAUCCAGUCUGCAUUAUAUCUGCUGCAUCACAGAUACACAGAUAAAAAGAAUCCUAAAUCUUUUUGUACGGCUUCAGUUCCAAGCCCUGUCUGGUUCAGUUUGCCUCUAGAAUCAGAACAUUUACAGAUAAGUAUAACCUGGGGUCUAACUCCAAACCCACCACUCCACGAUUUCCUUAUCGAGAAUAAAUACACAAAAACUGAUCAACAAGAGGAGGGCUUUUUACAAACAUAUGCAUUAUUGACUGGAGAGCUACAUAAACCAUCACUUUUUGUGAUUACCAUGAUCCACUUAAUAUAUCAGUAUCAACAGGCAAUUUUGUUGAAGAAACCAUCUGAAAUAUACAAAUUCCAUGACGAAAAAUCAGAAAGUAAAGAAUCUGAUCAAAUACAAGCAUUGCCUACAUUUGUUAUAGUCUCCAUUUCUUCUUUGGCUAUUAGCACUGUGAUGGGUUUUUUCACAAAUUUCUUCAUCAUUAUGUCCCAUGGAAUGAAUAGUCUUAAAGCUGGGAACAUUAACCCAAAAGAACCAUUACUUUUCACUCUAGGUCUUUUCAAUAUAGCCUUUCAGUGUACUAUGGUUGCCAAUGAUACUCUACUCUUUCUCUGGAGUGAUCUCUAUUACUCAGACUUCAUUUAUACCAUCUUCUCCAUUCUUCUGCUCUUCACCAUUUUCUCCAGCUUCUGGUUCACAUUCUGCCUCUGUGGAUUCUACUAUAUAAUGCUUGGUACAUUUGAGAAAAGAUGGUUUGUGCAUCUAAAGCAGAACAUUGCUCGGAUUGUCCCUUGGAUGCUGUUAUCUUGCAUGUUGUUAUCAAGUGUUAUCAGUGUCCCAGUUGCAUGGAGCAUUAAGAAAGUAGAAUAUUUUGAUUUAUCAGCUGGUAACAUCACUAGAAACUUCACAUUAGAAAUAAGCCCCCCACACAUGAACCAUCAAUAUCUACUUGUCGCCAGUAUAUUUGGGUGCUGCAUCCCUCUGAUUUUAGUGGCCAUUGCUAAUGUCCUUAUUGUGAAAUAUCUGUGCAACCAUGUGACAUAUCUGAGAAAAAGUUCAGGUGGAAUAAGCGUACAGAGUGUAGAGGCAAGUGUAUCGGCAGCACAUACUGUCACCUCCCUUCUUCUGUUAUAUAUGAGUUUUUUUGUUUCCGAAACUUUGCUAAUCAUGGAUGUCUUCAAAGUGGACAGUCCUUGGAUCUCCUUGUGCCUUAUUACGGUUUACAGCUAUGCUCCUGUACAAUCCGUCAUACUCAUCAAUGGCAGUCCAAACCUUAGGGACAGGAUAAAGACAAUAAUAUGUCCUUGUAAAUUCACAGGAGACAUGCCUUCAGGAGACCGAACAGAUACCAGCCAUUCAACAACCAACCUGAGCUUGUCGCUUUCUCUAGACAGAACUGUAUGAACAUGAUACAAAUAUGAAUAUAUUACUAACUCUCAAGACAAUGUGUCCCAGUUUUAAGGUUAUUUUACAGAAAUUAAGAUUUCUGCAGCCACUUAAUUAAUCUUAAGGGAGUAGAUACUAAUGAUGGACUUGCAUAUCUUUUUAUCAUUCAAUUUUAUGGACUGACCUUCAAGAUUUAUAAAAACUCUAUA